UUGUCUUACUUUUAAGAUACUCCACUAUUUUAUAUUGUUGUGUACUUGCGUUUUUUACUCUAGUCUCUACAGUAUAAGUAGCAUCACCUUAUAAGAUAACUGAAAACCCUAAACCCUAAAAUCUCAUUCCCAAUCUCAACCACUCAAACGAUGGCGAACCAGAUCUUCUCUCGCGUCAUUCCCAAAACCCUAACCUCCCUUUUCUCUCGCUCCCUCACCACCACCACCACCACCACCACCGUCCCUUCCUCCGCCAUCUCUUUCCUUCGCCGUCUCCGUCCUCUCUCCACUCUUUCCCUCGCCUCCGGCCGCAUCCUCCUCCCUAAUUCCCACCGCGCUCUCUCAACUCGCGCUACCACUUCCUCUCUCAACGACCCUAACCCUAACUGGUCUAAUCGUCCACCUAAAGAAACUAUCUUGCUCGAUGGAUGCGAUUUUGAACACUGGCUUGUUGUUAUGGAGAAGCCUGAAGGUGAUCUUACAAGAGAUGAGAUUAUUAAUGGUUACAUCAAAACACUCGCGCAAGUUAUUGGAAGUGAAGAAGAAGCGAGGAUGAAGAUAUAUUCUGUUUCAACUAGACACUACUUUGCAUUUGGAGCUCUUGUGUCUGAAGAGCUUUCCUACAAGCUUAAAGAAUUGGCCGGCGUUCGAUGGGUUCUUCCUGAUUCGUAUUUGAAUGUGAGGGAGAAGGAUUAUGGAGGUGAGCCCUUUAUAAAUGGGGAAGCAGUUCCUUAUGAUCCAAAGUAUCAUGAAGAAUGGGUAAGGAACAAUGCCCGUGCAAAUGAAAGGAACAGGCGCAAUGACAGACCUCGUAAUAAUGACAGGUCAAGAAACUUUGAUAGGAGAAGGGAAAAUGUGGUGAACAGAGAUAUGCAGACUAGGCCUCCUCCUCCUCCUCCUAAUGCACAGACUCCUGGCGGUGGGUUCCCUUCCAACAAUGGCGGUGGGUUCCCUCCCAAUAAUGGCGGUGGGUACCCUCCUAACAAUGGUCCUGGAUAUGCUCCUGCCCCUCCUAGCAACCAACCUGGAUACGGUCCACCAAAUCCAAGCGGAUACCGUGGUCCACCAAAUCCAAGUGGAUAUGGCCCACAAAAUCCAGGUGCGUAUGGUCCUCCAAAUUCAGGCGGAUAUCCUCCUAAUAACAAUGGUGGUUACCCUCCCAAUCCUAACAUGAAUAGAGCCCCUCCUCCUAAUAGUGGAUAUGCCCCUCCUAAUAGUGGAUACGCCCACCCGGGUGGUGUGCAACAAAACCAGAACAUUGGAGGGGUGCCUCCAAAUGUUGGAGGAUGGGGAAAUAAUCAGUAGCUAAAGAAGCCAAAAUAGUUUAGGUGAAUAUGUAAUGAAUGGUCCUUGACAUUUUGUACAAGCGACUGACUUGAUCUUUUUCUAUUUUCUAUUUAUAAGUGUGGUACUUGGAAGAA